CCGACCCCAUCCCUCCUGCUAGGGUGCGGCUUCUUGCUGCACUGGCACCGAGAUCCCAAACCGAGUACAUGUGGCUGUCCGUUUAGUCGUCAAAAUGAAGGGUUUCAGACAGAGAGUGCACGAGCAGUUGUCGAGGGCGAAAGACGCAAACAAAUCCUCCAAGAAGAAAGAAUCCUCCCACGCCUCCCAGAACAACGCCGCUCUCGGAGUUCACCAUGGCCAGCAAUCUUCUUCCCCCAACCAGGGCACCCCGACCUCGUCCACAACUUCGGUGAAUGAUACCAGAGGAAAGUCGCCGGAGACUUCUGCGCAGGCUGGAAUUUACCCCCCUGGUACUCCGACCAAGCAGGGACAGCCGAUGGCUCCCAGUGUAGUCAUCAGUCCCAGUGGCCCACAUCAUGUCCCCCCUCCCGGUGCGGCGGAGACAAUGCCCGGCGACCUGGCUCCUCCUAGGAAGUCUCAUGUCUUUGAUCGCCUCCAGACGACGCCAAAGGACAUGUCUGAGGGCAUCCGAACCCCAAAGCGCCAACACUCGUCGCGAUUCGAUAUUUCCGACCAGCGUCAGCGCGAGCUCGAGAAACUCCCCGGCUUCCACGAGGUCCCGCCCAACAGACGUCAAGACCUGUUCAUGCAGAAGAUUGACCAGUGCAACAUUAUCUUCGACUUCAAUGAUCCGACGGCUGAUAUGAAAUCCAAAGAGAUCAAGAGACUGGCGCUCCACGAACUCUUAGACUACAUCGCCAACAAUCGCUCCGUCAUCACAGAACCGAUGUACCCCCGAGUCGUCGAGAUGUUCGCCAAGAACCUUUUCCGACCCAUUCCACCUCCAGUGACCCCGCAGGGAGAGGCGUUCGACCCGGAGGAGGACGAGCCGGUGCUGGAAGUCGCCUGGCCGCAUAUCCAGGUCGUCUAUGAAUUCUUCCUGCGGUUCAUCGAAAGCCAAGAUUUUAACACCAAUAUCGCCAAGGCAUACAUCGAUCACCAUUUCGUUCUUCAGUUGCUCGAGCUGUUUGACUCGGAGGAUCCCCGCGAACGCGAUUUUCUAAAGACUACCCUACAUCGGAUUUAUGGAAAGUUCCUGAAUCUGCGCUCGUACAUUCGCCGGUCCAUCAACAACGUCUUCUUCCAAUUCACAUACGAGACCGAGCGGUUCAACGGUAUUGCCGAAUUGUUAGAGAUUCUCGGCUCGAUCAUCAACGGAUUUGCGCUCCCCUUGAAGGAGGAGCACAAGCUGUUCCUGACCAGGGUCUUGCUGCCUCUGCACAAAGUCAAGAGCCUCAGCAUGUACCACCCGCAGCUGGCCUACUGUAUCGUCCAGUUUCUCGAAAAGGACUCGACUCUCACAGAAGACGUUGUUCUUGGACUCUUGCGAUACUGGCCCAAAACCAAUAGCACUAAAGAGGUCAUGUACCUCAACGAGGUUGAGGACAUCUUCGAAGUGAUGGAUCCCGCCGAGUUUGCCAAGGUGCAGGUGCCCUUAUUCCAACAACUCGCCAAGUCUGUGGCCAGUCCGCACUUCCAGGUUGCGGAACGCGCACUGUACUUUUGGAACAACGAGUAUUUCUGCAAUCUCGUCAGUGACAAUGUAGAGAUUAUUCUGCCGAUCAUGUUUCCACCACUCUACGAGAACUCUAAAGGCCACUGGAACAGAACAAUUCAUAGUAUGGUCUACAAUGCUAUGAAGAUGUUCAUGGAUAUCAAUCCCCAGCUCUUUGACGAAUGCUCCCACGAGUACAACGAGCGACAGAACAGCGCCGAACAGCGGGAGCAGAGCCGGCAGACUAGAUGGGAAAAGGUGCUGGAACGGGCCAACGAUCGGAAAAAUGGUGUUGCGCCUCCCCCACAAUGCCAGAUCGCGGAAAUUCCCGUUCAACUCGAUGACAUCGACGCAGUCACCCUUGACAGCCAGAAGCGCCUUAACGCCCUGAAACUGGACGAUACCGGAGCGCCAACGGAGCGGAGGUCUCGGGAGAACACGGCGACCUCGGUGAGUGAUGGACGUCCCUGAUUGCCUGUGUAGUCAUGCUUCAUGACGUUAUCGCAUCGCGCUAGGUGCCCUCCAUCACCCUGAUUUGUCGUUGUCUUUGCUAAGAAUUCCCUGGUUUUCCCUGUACAGCAAGCGUGAUUCUAAUGUUGAAACGUCCGUUUGCUUCAGAGACGGCGCCGCGAUGACAUUCGAAGACGAAGAAGUGGUAGCGCGAGUGAGAUCCGACCC